AUGGACACGAAGGAACUUAGGAAGUUAAUUGAAGAUAAGGCAAACGAUACAAUAGAAGAAAUACAAAGAUGUCGCGACACAUAUCGCAGAGAGAUGGCUGAGUGUAAGCAGUUUGUGAUCGAUAAAGUAUCUACGUUUUUUGCUGAUUUAGAAGCACGAAGUCAAAAACAAGAAAUCAUCGAUGACGAAAUAAUCCAGGGGCUUAUAGUAGAACUCAUGGAACAACUCGAAAACAUAGAUACUCUUUUGAGUGAAAUUCAUAUGUGUAGAGAUACACUUUCGAAGCUAAACGACAUGUUAACUGGAAAAGAGGAUUUUAAAGAGGAGUGUGAGACGGUUUUAUCUCGAAACUCUACCUGA